AUGUCUGUCUUCAUUUCUGGCGCUACUGGUUUUAUUGCUAAACAUAUCGUUGGUCAAUUAUUGGAACAAAACUAUAAAGUUGUUGGUACAGCUAGAUCUCAAGCUAAGGUUGACCAUUUAAAGAAACAAUUUGGUAAUAAUCCAAAUCUAACUUUGGAAAUUGUCGAAGAUAUUUCCAAGCCACAUGCCUUUGAUGAAGCUAUUAAGAAACAUGCCAAAGAUAUCAAAUAUGUUUUACACACUGCUUCUCCAUUCCAUUUUGACACUACUGAUUACGUCAAGGAUCUUUUAACACCAGCUAUUGAGGGAACCAAGGACAUUUUAGAAGCUAUUAAGAAGUAUGCUGCUGAUACUGUUGAACGUGUUGUUAUUACUUCAAGUUACGCUGCUGUGAUAAAUUUUGAAAGAGAGGGUGACAAUACAUUUAAAGUAGAUGAGAACUACUGGAAUCCAGAUGAUUGGAAUACGUGUCAAGCCAAUGCUGUUAGGGCAUACUGUGGAUCUAAGAAGUUUGCUGAACAAGCUGCUUGGGAAUUCUUAAAAGAAAACAAGGGUGUUGUUAAAUUCAAGUUAUCAACUGUUAAUCCUGUAUAUGUGUUUGGUCCACAAAGAUUCGAUGAAGAUAUUGUGGCUAAAUUAAACACUUCCUGUGAGCUUGUAAACUCCUUAAUUCACUCACCAGCGGACGCUCCAUUUGAUCCAACAUCUAUAUAUGGUGGCUAUAUCGAUGUUCGUGACGUUGCUAAAGCUCAUUUGGUCGCUUUCCAAAAGGAAGAAGCUAUUGGCCAAAGACUGAUCUUGCAUGGAGGUAAAUUCGCAUAUCAAGAUAUAGCAGAUAUCUUAAACGAAGAUUUUACAUGUUUAAAGGGGAAGAUUCCAGUUGGUAAGCCAAAAACAGGUGUUCUUGGUGUUGGUGAACAAGGUUGUGUUGUUGAUAACUCAAACACUAAGAAGAUACUUGGUUUUGAGUUCAUUGAUUUAAGAAAAACUAUUCAUGAUACUGCUGCCCAAAUCUUAAAACAUGAGGGUAAAUUAUAA